CGCUCGCUCAUUGACUCACGAAUUAUUAUAGUGGUUUUAUCUGUGUCUUUUUUGUUUAAUAACAAAUUUUCGAGAAUAGAAUAGUAUGCAGGAACAAAAGAGGCAGUAAGACAGUUCAAAAUUAGAAUGUCGUACCAAAUGCAGCAAGCAUCCAGACCAAUGAACUACCAAGGAGGUGGUGGAGGAGGCGACAUGACCAAGACACUCAUGUGGCAGCAGAACUCCUACCUGGGUGACUCUGGGAUACAUUCCGGAGCCACGACCACGGCUCCGUCUCUCUCCGGGAAGGAGGAGGAAAUGGAGGGAGACCCGCUCAUAUUCGACCUGGACACGGGCUUCCAGCAGGGCUUCACACAGGAUCAAGUUGACGAGAUGAACCAGCAGCUGUCACAUACAAGGUCACAGCGUGUGAGGGCCGCCAUGUUCCCGGAAACAUUGGAAGAAGGGAUUGAGAUUCCAUCAACACAGUUUGACCAGACUCAGCCCACUGCUGUGCAACGUCUGUCCGAGCCAAGUCAGAUGUUGAAGCAUGCCGUUCAACAUCUGAUCAACUAUCAGGACGAUGCUGAUCUAGCGACCAGAGCCAUUCCUGAGCUGAUCAAACUGCUGAAUGACGAGGACCAGGUCGUAGUCAGUCAGGCGGCCAUGAUGGUGCAUCAACUGAGCAAGAAGGAGGCGUCACGUCACGCCAUCAUGAACAGUCCUCAGAUGGUGGCGGCCCUGGUGAGAGCUAUAUCCAACAGCAAUGACCUGGAGACCACCAAGGGAGCUGUGGGUACCCUACACAACCUCUCCCAUCACCGCCAGGGACUACUGGCCAUCUUCAAGAGUGGAGGCAUCCCUGCACUGGUCAAACUGCUCAGCUCUCCAGUGGAGUCGGUGCUGUUCUAUGCCAUCACUACCCUUCACAACUUGCUGUUGCAUCAAGAAGGUUCCAAGAUGGCCGUCCGACUGGCCGGAGGUCUGCAGAAGAUGGUCGCUUUGUUGCAACGCAACAAUGUCAAGUUCCUGGCGAUCGUAACAGACUGUCUACAGAUACUGGCUUACGGCAACCAAGAGAGCAAGCUGAUCAUCCUAGCGUCCCAGGGCCCUGUGGAGCUUGUACGGAUAAUGCGAUCUUAUGAUUACGAGAAGCUGUUGUGGACCACCUCACGAGUGCUGAAAGUGCUGUCAGUGUGCUCGAGCAACAAGCCAGCUAUUGUAGAGGCCGGAGGUAUGCAGGCUCUUGCCAUGCAUCUUGGUCACCCGACCAGCCAGAGACUAGUACAGAACUGUUUGUGGACUCUGCGUAACCUGUCUGACGCUGGCACCAAGGUGGAUGGUAUGGAGAACCUGCUGCAGUCACUGGUCAAUCUUCUGUCUCUGGAAGAUCUCAACAUAGUGACAUGUGCGGCUGGCAUACUGUCCAACCUGACUUGCAACAACCAACGCAACAAAGUGACCGUGUGUCAGGUAGGAGGGGUGGACGCUCUGGUGCGGACCAUUGUCAACGCUGGCGACCGCGAAGAGAUCUCCGAACCUGCUGUGUGUGCUCUGCGUCACCUGACAUGUCGCCACAUUGAGAGUGAGAUGGCGCAGAACAGCGUCAGACUCAACUACGGCAUACAGGUGAUAGUGAAGUUGCUGCAGCCUCCGUCGCGCUGGCCACUCAUCAAGGCUGUGAUCGGAUUGAUCCGCAACUUGGCUCUGAGUCAAGCCAAUCACACUCCAUUGAGGGACACUGGCGCUAUACACCAUCUGGUCAGACUACUGAUGAGAGCCUUCCAGGACACUCAGAGGAGAGCAAGUGUAGCGUCCAGUGGUAGCCAGCCUGCUGCUUAUGCGGAGGGUGUGCGGAUGGAGGAGAUUGUCGAAGGUACUGUUGGAGCGUUGCACAUCCUCGCGCGUGAACCAAACAACCGAGCGAUGAUUCGACAGCAGAAUGUGAUCCCGAUCUUUGUGCAACUGUUGUUCCACGAGAUAGAGAACAUCCAACGAGUGGCGGCCGGAGUGUUGUGUGAGCUGGCCACUGACAAGGAGGGUGCAGAGAUGAUAGAACACGAGGGAGCCACGGCACCUCUCACAGAACUGUUGCACUCAAGGAACGAAGGAGUUGCCACUUAUGCGGCCGCAGUGCUGUUCCGCAUGUCGGAGGACAAGCCGCAGGACUACAAGAAGCGAUUGUCCAUGGAGCUGACUAACUCCCUGUUCAAAGAAGACCAGAACCUGUGGGCCAAUGGGGAGCUGGGCAUGCUUCCAGACUUGCCGGACAUGCUGGAGCCAGACCAGAUGUUAGAAGGGAUGUACUCCCAGGGGCCACCCAGUGUACAUAGCAGUCAUGGUGGCCGACCCUACUCCCAAACUGGGUACGACCCAGUAUUGCUUGACUCUAUACAACAUGGCGACAACAGAAACAACUCAAACUAUGGACCAAUGGACGUGUCAGCGGCCGACUUGGACUUUGACAACCUAGACGAAGUUCCCCCGCCUCCCCCGGACGGUCAGGUUGCUGCUGCUUGGUACGACACUGACUUGUAACUUACAGGGUAUUAAACUUGCCUUAACGUUAACUUUCUAUAGAUUUAAUCUUAAUUUAAUCAUAAUGUGUAAGUAACAAUCGAAUUCCUUAAAAAUGCAGGUGUUGUAGAUAUAUCUACCCAAUAAUCACUAACUACACCCAAUAAGACUACAGACUGCAAGGACCGCGGAAUUCGCAUAGUGACGAGAAAGACCUUAGACUCCUUUUAAAUUGCAGCAUUGGAUUACCGAGUGUCUCCCGAUUAUUGAGAGUCUCUACUCUAUUUUUAAUAAAUAACUUGGGACCUAGACCCAUAAUGUUUGCCAUGGUGUUAAGACUCUUGUAAGACAAGUACCUGUUUUAAAAUUAUUUUUGUUCCAGUAUUUUUCUACGUGGUAGUGUAGUUUAUAUGUAAUGCUCCUAACUUUUGUCUAUGAUCAUGCCAAUUUCGUGAUUGGGUUUUAGAGGUCAAAAACUUGAAGCAAUAAAUCACUCUGUAACGAUGGUUCACUUAAAAUGUAGUGGACUUUUUAUACACAUUGAAAAGGUUGACCAUUUUUAAUGUAUACUUAAAACUAUAUUCCAUAAAUAUAUUUUGUUAUAUUUUGUCUUGUCCAACAAUUUUAAGUUUUGAAGUUGAUGCACCUUUUACAAAUCAGUCCAUGUAUUAGUAUUUUUACGGUUAAGUUGUUAGAUUAUAUUAUACUAUUCUUUAUAUUUAUUUUAUUAUUAUGUUUUCACUUGAAUUAUUGUUAUAAUUACUAUUAUUUAUCAUUAUGGUGAAGAGAAUAUUUAUACUUCCGCUAUUUUUAUAGUAAAUUCUACAGGGUAGAAUGUAUUUUAUCUAUAGUAGAAUAUUUCUGGUUGUUUAAACAUAAAACAAAAGAAUAUUUUCUAAGCGUAGCAAUAAACUUAUAGACUGGGUUAGUUUA